AUGUUCAUCAAGGAGUACAAGGAGAUGUUGGCCGACCGGCUCCUGGCCAACCCCACCUACCACGCGGAGCGGGAGAUGCAGAAUCUGGAGCUGCUCAAGACCAGGUUUGGCGAUGCAGCUCUUGUCCACUGCGAGGUCAUGUUGCAGGACAUCAAGGACUCGAAGCGUGUCAACAGCAACUUGGCAUCUCCAGUCCUUGACUGCAGCAGCAGCUAG